AUGCAAGCCUCAUUCCAGCACUCGAAGACAACAUUCACCAAAUACAUGGCUGAGCCUCUGAACACAACAGAAACAUCGGCAUCACUUACUAAUCACAGUCCCACUUACUUCGAGCAUGGUGGGCACAUUUGGCAGAGAUCCGUGACCUACUUUGAUGGAAUGAAUGUCAUAGGAAUCCUGCUGUUCUUCGCGGUGUUUGGUGUGAUGCUGAACAACAUGGGCGAAUCUGGCCGUCUGAUGGUGGACCUCUUCAACAUUCUGAAUCAAAUAACCAUGAACAUGACAAAACUGGUUAUGUGGUACAAUCCUAUAGGUAUACUGUUCAUCGUCAUGAACAAGAUUCUUGAGGUACGGGACCUGGAAACAGCAGCUCAACAACUAGCGAUGUACAUGGUCACCGGUCUCAUUGGUCUGGCCAUCCAUGCUCUGGUCGUGCUGCCGUCGAUCUACUUCAUACUGACCAGGCAAAAUCCUUUCCGCGUGUCCCUUGGUCUGAUAGAGUCUCUUCUGACUGGUCUGGGUACAAGUUCCAGCGCAGCAGCCCUUCCUGUUACCUUACGCCUCUGUGAAGAGAAGAUGAAAUUCAACAAAACCAUCUGUCGCUUUGUGUUGCCUAUAGGCGCAACAAUCAAUAUGGAUGGUUUGGCUAUAAUUCAGGCUCUGACACCGAUCUUCCUGGCCCAGAUGAACCACAGGAUACUCACAUUUGCAGAUUUAGUCGCUAUCAGCCUGUCUGCAACUCUGUCAAGUAUCGGUGCUGCAGGAGUCCCUGGGACGGGUUUCAUCACCAUGUUGGUUGUGGUUGCUGCCGUGGGUUUGCCGGUCGAAGAUGCUUACAUCGUACUGGCUGUGGAUUGGUUCAUGUGA